CACUUGCAGAGAUUUUUUAUCAUGACAUUAUAUUUUACUCUCCUUUUUGGUGUUUCCUCCAAAAGUACAGCUUAAACAAAGUGCUUUGUUUAGAAGUGCCUUGUGUUUUGCUAAGGAAGGAAUGAGCACAGGAAAAAGCUGAGCAGUGGCCUUUUUGCCUCUUUUCUGUACUGCAAUGUUAACAAUUUUAGAAGGAAUUCUAAAAUCUACCCAGAGAAAUGGAUACGUAAGCAAAAUUAGCUGGUGACUCACAAAUCACCUAGUUCUGAGUUUUGAACACAUUGUUACGUAAUGCAGAUCAUGAACCAGUCCACUUGGAUUGAGUGGAAGACUCUGAAUAUGAGCAGUAGCAUUGUGAAUGUAUCUGAGCAUUACUCCUGUCCAAUUGGUUUUGGACACUACAGUGUUGUUGAUAUCUGCAUCCUUGAGACUCUAAUUAUUGUCUUGCUAACAUUUUUAAUUAUAACUGGUAACUUAACAGUAAUUUUUGUCUUUCAUUGUGCUCCACUGUUACAUCAUUACACCACCAGCUAUUUUAUUCAGACUAUGGCAUACGCCGAUCUUUUUGUUGGGGUUAGCUGCUUGAUUCCUACCUUGUCAUUGCUGCACUAUUCUACAGGUGUCCACGAGUCUUUGACUUGCCAGGUUUUUGGAUAUAUCAUCUCUGUACUGAAAAGUGUUUCUAUGGCCUGCCUUGCUUUUAUCAGCGUGGAUCGCUAUCUCGCCAUCACGAAACCACUUACCUACAACCAACUGGUUACACCUUGCCGGUUGAGAAUCUGCAUCGUUUUGAUUUGGUUGUAUUCCUGCCUUAUUUUUUUGCCUUCGUUUUUUGGCUGGGGAAAGCCAGGUUAUCAUGGAGACAUUUUUGAAUGGUGUGCAACCUCUUGGCUUACCAAUGCCUAUUUUACUGGCUUUAUUGUGUGCUUACUCUAUGCUCCAGCAGCCUUCAUCAUCUGUUUUACGUACUUCCACAUAUUCAAAAUCUGCCGGCAGCACACCAAAGAGAUAAAUGACAGGAGAGCUCGUUUCCCCAGUCAUGAAGUGGAUACUGCUGCAGAAAGUGGGCACGGCCCUGACCGGCGCUACGCUAUGGUUUUAUUUCGUAUAACCAGUGUGUUUUAUGUGCUCUGGCUCCCCUACAUCAUCUACUUUAUGCUGGAGAGUUCUAGGGUGCUGGAAAACCCAGCACUGUCUUUCUUAACAACAUGGCUCGCUAUAAGCAAUAGUUUUUGUAACUGUGUUAUAUAUAGCCUCUCCAACAGUGUUUUCAGAUUGGGACUUUGGAGAUUGUCAGAGACGGUGUGUUCAUCUUGUGUACAUAAAAAAGACAGCAUUGUUCAAGACCCAGUUCCUAGAAAACGGGCUAAUUCCUGCUCCAUCUAAGGAGAACUUAAAAACAGUAAAAUACAACGUGAUAUUUGGGCUAGGUAGUAUUCUAUCCUUUGGAAUAUUGCUGCAAUAAACAGUCAAUAAAUAUUUAUUCGCUGUAAAAUGAAUUAUAGAUUGAAUGGUGAUUUGUAAGAAAAACAUGUAGCUGGAAUGGUCAGAGAUGGACUCUUGGUGAAAUUGUUGUAUAUGAGUGAAUCACUGGUUGGGGAAAGCUUCCGGUAGUGUGAACUAAUCUGUUCAGAACUAAAGAAUAAUUCAUCAACAGUAAUAGUGAAAUUGUCACAUAUUAUAUAUGUGGAUGAAUUUGUAGUACUAUGUUGUAUUAAGAUAAAUCUUGUUGGAUGCAGUAAGUGAUGGAUUAUCAAUUACGUCCUUAGGAAAUAAUAAGUUUUAAUAUGAGGCAGCUUCAAUCUUGUAGUUUUGUCUCUUGUACAAAAACAUUUUUAAAAUUACUGUAAUUUUAAAAUUAAAUAUAUUUCUUUGCAGGGAAAUAAUGUAAAGUAUAUUUUAAUGUUCUAGUGUAACACAUAUAAAUGACUUAAUACUUUUCUGUUCUUUUGGAGCCUUUUGUUCCCAUUGCUCAGGCGUAUUAUUUAUUCUGGGGUCAGAAGCCCAUAUAUUUGCCCCCUUAUAGCUACUGUUCUCAAGCUGUUUGAGGGGACUGGAGUAAUUUUGGGCACAAUGUGUGUGAGGGGCAAGCUUUGAGAGAAUAUACCAUUGAGUGAAACAACGGUCAAAUUAUUGAAAUUAACUUGUAUUUUCUAGUGCCUACUAAAUUAGCACAAAUUUAUGGGGUCUUUUUGUGCUAAUGCUUUUGCUUUGUAAUUUAUUGCAUAUGCAAUAACAUCAAAUAGCAGUGUGACUUAGCUGCUCAAUAACAAUUUUUAAAUGUAAAUUUUAAAAAGCAGGUUCCACUUUAGUUAUAUAGUUGUGAAUGUAUUGCAGUUUGCAUGAGCUCAGCAUGUAUAUAACACUGUAUAUUUUUUUUAAUGAUCAUUUUGUAUUCUGUGCCUAAUGGUUUUCCUAGCAUAUUGUUAAGUCAUUGUUUUAAAUUUGGGAUAAAUAAAAUUUUGAGUUGACUUUACAGAA